ACGAAGCGACUCGUCACAUGCCAAAGCUGGUUUCCUCUCGACGGUGUCUGCACUCCCAGGUUAUCGAAAAAAUGGCGCGAUGGAUAUUGCUGCUUGCCGUGAGUUUGUUGUUGGCGAUUUCCGUGCGCGGUACCUGCGACUGCCCCGCCGGCGAUUGCACAUGCAUCGCGGAGGACCCCCUCGGCUAUGACGCCAGGUUCGAGAUCUGUCACCUCUUCACCCGUCAGGCCCCGCACAGGGUCGCUAUAAGCAGCACCGGAAGAAAGUUCGUGUGCUUCCCGUGUUCGUUCGACGCUCAGAACACCAACGACGGAUGCAACGGAAAAAUCCAAGUCGCUGAGGUAACCCCUACCGGAGAACUGCCCUACCCCAACUACUGCAUCAACAACCCUCCGAGCGGCGUCAUCAAUCGCGCCUGUUGUCCGGCGGCGGCCUUCCCUUACGCGGAUUUCUUUAUCAGUGUCGAAUCGCUGAAGAUUCUCAACGAUUACUUAUGGUGCAUGGACUCCGGGCGCCCCCUGGAUUGCACGAAGCAGGUCCUCCUCGAAGCCACCGGCGGGACCAAAGUCGUCGUCAUCAACACCUGCAGCAACAGCGUCGUCCGGAUCUACGAGCUCCCGCUGACGGUGGCCCUGCCCACUUCGCUCUGCAAGGACAUCGCCAUCGACACCUGCAACAAGAAAGCCUACAUCGCCGACGCGGGUUGCCCGGCGCUCAUCGUCUUGGACAUCGUCGACGGCACCUCUUAUCGGCUCCUCGCCGGCGACCCGUCGGUCUCACCCGUGUGCGGAAACAUAGCCUACGUCUGGGGUCAAGCCCAGUACUGGCUGACCAAGUGUGGGGAUUGCACCACCGUGGGCUUCAUCCCUUACGGGGUCUACGCCCUCGCCCUGUCGCCCGACUGCGGGCGACUGUACUUCAUCGACAUGGGCGACCGGAAACUCUAUUCCGUGUGCACGUCUUCUCUUCAGACUCCGGGAGCGGCCAACUCGGACAUCUUGACGUCGCUGAUCAACCACGGUGAGAUCGGGAAGACCCUCGGUCUGGCGGCCGACUGUCAGACAGGGGUCGUUUGGUUCGGUAACGCGGAGGCGAACGCCGUCGGGUACUUCAACCCCUGCUGCCCGUUCUCCAAGACGAAUAUCCUCAUCCGCGACAAGAGGGUCGCGUGGUCGGAGGGUGUGUGCAUCCCGGGUGACGGGUAUUGUUACAUCAUUGACUCCCAUUUCAACGGGAUCCCUUCAAUCUACCCGGGGACAGGUCCGCUCUUCUCCGAGAGGAGGAAGUGCCCCUUCGUGCUCUGGAGGUUCAAGUUGCCCUGCUCCGCGGACCUCUGCCCGAACCCUUGCGCCCCUGCGACCUUGGGAUACUACCCUCCUGGUGGCUGUACUGCUUGCAGUGUUUGCUCCUAAUAAGCAUCGCGGAAAUUUUCGGAAGUUUCUAGUCAUCGUAUAAAUGAACACGUGGGAUUAAAAUUGCACAAAACAAUACUUUUAGACAAUAUUUAUGUACGGAGAAUUUGCAGGGGUCAGACAUAUGCUGAAUUUCAUAUUUAAUGGGAACUAAUAAGUGGGCUGACUACAAGAAUACUAUCAAUCUCUAAAUUGAUGAACUAUAGAAGAAUGUUUGUGGCAAAAUAUCUAAUACGUUCGUUGAAAUCGGAAAUACCGCUUAUUACGUCAAAAGAGGUACAUUUCCUCAUUUUUAAAUAUGUUGGUUAACUUUUUACAUCUGAAAAGUUCGCACUACAAAAUACUGUGAACUUAAUUCAAAAAUCAAUGACAAUUUCUCUUGCAAAUGCUCUAUUACAUUGUUGAAAGAAAAAUUAUCGAGCCGUAUCUUGCUGAAGAAAGUAAUUGACAUAAACUGACUCUAGCAGGUUCAGGAGGGGUCCUCAGAACUAUUACAAAUUUGAAAGUACGAGUUAUAACUGAAUUAUAUGGAUUCGUGUACUGUUUUUUUUUUCUUUUUUUUUUCUUUUUUUUUCUUUAAAAUCUUUCAAUUUGCUUUCUAUAUUAAUACACCAUCAAUGCCACCAAAAAUGUGUCUCAAAUUGCAACAGAGUAAAUUGUUCGAAUCAGAAAAACCGAUAAAUUCAGUGAAAAGCGUUAAAAUUAAAUGUCCUUGGAUCAUCUUUCAGUUUUAAGAAAUUGAAAUUCUGCCUGCAGACCUCAAAUCAAGUUAAAUUACAGCCAACUAAAGUUUCUUCUUAAAAUGACAGUCGUUUGGGUUUUACCAAAGUUAAAAAAAAUGUUUUAAAAACAGUUUAGAUCUCGCAUGCUUCAGAUGUUCGUUACUAAUUGUUCACCCUACCAGACAUGAUACCGCAGUGAAGAUGAAAUGAUAAAUUAAUAAAUAAAUGAAGAUUACCAUGACAGUUAUUGAAAGUGUCAAAAUUAUUUCUGUUCCGUACCCAUUUAGAGUUAUUCGUCCUGGAGUUCUGUUUUGAUCUGUCAUCACGGUGGUCAUCACAUAGCGUAGAUGAGGUAGAAUUUCGAAGUAUACUUUAAGUUCUAUAAAAAGCAAGCAAAUUAUUCGUAAAGUAGGGGUUGUAACGAAAUUCAAAGAAUUACUCGUCAUCAACAACAAUAUUCCACGAAAAUAGUCAAGGUAUCGCUUUCUAUAUGGAAAAUCUAUCAUUACCACGUAAUGUGUCAUUAUCACUAUUAAGUGUUGAGUACAUGUAUAUCUUCUGUUUGUUAAUUGCUCUGAUGAUGGGAGAACUCCCGAAACGCGUUAGCAUGUGUGAAUAAAUUGUUCAUUGUCAAUAAGAA